UCCCUUGCACACAGGUGGGGAGGCAGCACCUGGACUGUUCCCUGUGCUACAGGUACAGGCUGGCAUCUCCCACAAAGGGUCUGGCCACAAAUGAGGCCAAAGUGUAAAUGUAUGGAGGAUGUGGGAGGGAUGAGCGGGAGAGCCCAGGCAGGAGGACAGCCCAGGAGGGAAGGCAUCACCAUCCAUCCUCCUCUGAGUGCAUCCAGGUGGUCGUAGUGAGGGAACAGAUGGGAAUAAUGGGGAGGCUGUCCUGGAAGAGCCAAUCAUGGGAGGGAGUCAGGGGGUAUGAGGCUCCAUGGGGGCAAUAAAAGAGGCAGUCUGAGGGUAAGGGGCUAUGAGGGAGAGUUGGGGUGAGUAGUUUUCCUCAUAUUUGGAGUUUUGGGUUGGUCCCUUCCACUCUCUGAUGAGUAUGGGGCUGCUGGUUAGAUGCUCCUCUCUGAGGCAGUGCUGGGUCUCCUGCUUGGCUAAUGUCAGUGUGUGGGUUGUGGUACACCUCUGCUGAGAUGGGGGUGGAGGAAGCUCCCACAGAAGAGGUGACCUUUUUGGAGUAUUACUGUGGUCCCCAGUUGGAGGGGAAACAGGGGAAGAAGGGAGGCUGAAGCAGUUCCUGAGGUUUGAGUUUAGGGCUUAAGGCUAUAAUUGUCUUGAGGUGGCUCAUCCUGGCUCCUCUGUGAGUUGGGGGAGGUCUGCAGCUUGGUGGCUGGCUGCUGUGUUGGGAUAAAAAGCUGAUGCUGCUGGUAUCCAGCCUUGAUUGUUGGAGCAGGAAAUAGGGAGAGAGAGAACUAAAUAAAAACCACCAGAAACUUAAACUCAGAAAGAGGGCAUAAGGGGAAGCUCUUAGAGGCUGCUCUGAGCCCCAAGUGUUGGCUGUAAGCCUGGAGGGAAGGUGAAGUUGUACCACCUGUGUGUGAUCAGCUCCUGAGUGUGUUUAUGCUCAGCCUGGGUUUAGGGGGCUUUUGGGGGUGUCUGGCUGCUCUGAAACCACCUCUGCUUCUUCUGGGUGGAAGCCUUGCUUUUUCUGACAGUCUGUCUGAAGGCCUGCACUUGGGCUUACUUGUAUGUCUUUGAUUACUAGGAGAGGCUUAGAAAUUUUUACCUGUCCCUAUUUAAUGUUUUUUAAUUGGCAAUCCUUACUAGUACCUGAGUUUCCAGAACUCUUUGCUUUGUUGAGCUUGGUCACUUCAUGCCACUGCAUGUGGCCUUGUGUCUUCCCAGUGGGGAACCCUGGUACAGGAAGCUAAACUGGGCUGCAUGAUGGGGUGAGAGAGUAGGCUUGGGUGUGGCUGCUUGCCCUCGCAUCAGACCUUGAACUGAUCUUUUUUUGGAGGCAGGAGGCCUUGCUAGGUUUGGGCUCUGUGUCUUAAGUAAAUCUAAAAGCCAUGGGAUCAGAACUGGAGGAAGGUGGUGUUUCUUUAACCAUGAGAAGUGGUGUGUCCAGCUUCCUCAUGAGAUUACAACACCAGCUGUAACUUUCGUAUCCUGAUAUUAAGUGGUAGUUUGUGCUUGCAUUUAGUGAAGUGGCUUUGCUGUAGUGUGUGAGGAUCCUACUGAGCUCUGUGUAGUGUGGGGGACCUCCAGCAUCUCCUGUGCUGGGGAGGUGGGGGAGAAAAUGUGUGGCACAGGCUGUUGGUGGGAGUGUGGAGGGUCCUAGGCCCCUCUGUGGAUGGAGCUGGAUGUUGCUGUGCAGUUGACCUGACCCUGCUCUGUCCUGAACCCCAAAAGCAUGUGAAGGCUUUCAGCUGGCUCCUCUUAAACUUGCCAAGAUGCCAGUGGUGGGCAAGGACAGUGAGCGGAUGAAGAAGUUCAAGAACAAGGGCAAGGAUGCAGCUGCCCUGCGGAGGCAGAGAGUGGAGGUGAACAUUGAGCUGCGAAAGGCCAAGAAGGAUGAGCAGAUCCUAAAGCGCAGGAGUAUUUUGUUCAGACUGAUGGAUGAUAGUGUCUCUCUGGAAGAAGACAAAAGUAAUGAGAUUGAGCUGUCCUUGGAGGAAAUCGUUGAAGCUGUGAAUGGGAGCAACACCAAGCUGCAGCUGCAGGCCACACAGGCUACCAGGAGAAUGCUGUCCAGGCAGAAGGACCCCCCCAUCAAUCAGAUCAUUGAGCUGGGCAUCAUCCCCAGGCUGGUUGAAUUCCUGAGCUGUGCUGACAAUGCUCCUCUGCAGUUCGAAGCAGCCUGGGCACUGACUAACAUCGCCUCUGGCACCUCCAACCACACCAAGGCAGUGGUGGAGGGAGGUGCCAUCACAGCCUUCAUCUCCCUCCUGUCUUCCCCACACAUGCACAUCAGCGAGCAGUCUGUGUGGGCGCUGGGCAACAUUGCGGGUGAUGGUCCUCUAUACAGAGAUGCUCUUAUCAACUGCAAUGUGAUUCCUCCCUUGUUGGCUCUGGUGUCACCUGUAACUCCAGUUGGAUUCCUGAGGAACAUCACAUGGACACUAUCAAACCUCUGUAGGAACAAGAAUCCCUACCCUCCACUGGAUGCAGUGAGAAAGAUGCUGCCAGUCCUCAUCUGCCUCAUGGAACAUGAGGACAAGGACAUAAUUUCUGAUUCUUGCUGGGCUGUUUCCUACCUGACUGAUGGCUCCAAUGAUCGAAUCCAAAUUGUGGUGGAUACGGGGGUUCUCAAAAGACUGGUGGAACUCAUGGCCAGCCCAGAGUUGAUUGUUAUGACUCCAGCUCUCCGUGCUAUUGGGAAUGUAGUCACAGGGACUGAUGAGCAGACCCAGGCAGCUAUUGACGCUGGCGUCUUGGCUGUCCUGCCCCAUCUCCUGCAACAUUCAAAGCCAGCUAUACAGAAGGAAGCAGCAUGGACGCUCAGUAACAUUGCAGCAGGGCCUUGCCAGCAGAUCCAGCAACUCAUCACCUGUGGGCUAUUGCCACCACUGGUAGAACUGCUUGAUAAGGGGGACUUCAAAGCUCAGAAAGAAGGUGUGUGGGCUGUGGCCAACUUCACAACAGGAGGCACUGUGGAACAGGUGGUGGAGCUUGUCCAUUCUGGGGUCCUCAAACCUCUGCUUAACCUGCUCUUGGCCAAAGACAGCAAAACUAUCCUGGUCAUCCUGGAUACCAUUUCAAAUAUCUUCCUGGCAGCUGAGAAGCUGGGAGAGACAGAAAGGUUGUGUCUGCUGGUGGAAGAGCUUGAUGGUCUGGAGAAAAUUGAAGCCUUGCAAACCCAUGACAACAACAUGGUCUACCGAGCUGCACUGAAUAUCAUAGAGAAAUACUUCUCUGGUGAGGAAAAUCCAGAUCUGCAGCCUGGGACUAGUGAAGAUGGUCUAUAUGAUUUCUCAGUGGAGAAGCAAGACUUCAACUUCUGAAGAUAAAGCACUGCAUGGCUCUGAGCUGGUGGGUGGUGGUAUCUUGGUAGAACUCAGGCAUCCAAACCAAAAGGAGCAAAGAUGCUGAGUCUUUUACUUUUGCAACUUGUCAAUAAAUUGCACUCUGGCUUUG